AUGAGUUCCAAACGGCGCUCCGCAGCUGCUGCUUCCCCAGAGCUCCGCAGGCAAAAGCGGCGCAAAGUUUCUGAUGAUGAUUUAGCGGACCAGGAAGACACUCAACUGGCGGACGAAGUUAACUCGGAUCCUGAGGAGGAGGAAGAAGAAGAAGAGGAAGGAGAGGAGGAGGAGGAGGAAGAGGAAGAGGAAGAGGAAUCCGAGGCGAACUUUGAAGGCGACACUCUUCAAUCGGCACAGGAUAGAAUCAUCUCUGAACUGUCUAGGUUGAAGGAUUCCGAUGGUGAAGAAGUCGCAUACCCGUUUGUCGGAAAGCCCGACCGAAAUCUAUACCGCGACUACUACGAGGUUAUUCACCAUCCUGUAUCAAUAAGAAGUAUUCAGCAGAAGGUGCGCGGCACUGAAAGCCGCAAGAAUCCCUCCAAGACGACCGCAUUCCUGACCUGGCAAUCAUUUGAGGAAGAAGUCAGCUAUCUUUGGCGAAAUGCGAGGGAGUAUAAUGAAGACGAUAGCGACAUUGUUGUGCUUGCGGGAAUUUUGGAGGCGUACUUCCGUCGGCGAGUAGCUGAAGCAAAGAAGCUAGUGCCGGAACUCAUUCAGGUAGAUGGUGCCCCCGAGAUGCCUCGAAUUCGAUUGAAGAUGGGUGCAAGGGAUUCGGAGCCCCCAGCGCAAAGGUUAACAUUGAAGAUGUCUGGACAGACCUCAGAGACACCUUCUAAGGAUGCUCCGUCAUCUGGCGUUGCUGUUGAUAACGACGCUCUAAAACGACAACAAGAGCUCGUGAGAACCGGAUCAGCCAGUCAAAGUCAAGAUGCCGAUGCGCCACGUUCUCCUCGAACAAGAUCUCUUCGACGACAAAUUGGCAGCCCCCGAUCGAAUGUCACCACCACUCCCUCUGCUUCUGAGCAACCGCACGGGAUGCCUGUGAAUGGGCGAGAUGCUACACAUGUCAAAGAUGAGACGCCAAUGGCAUCGUCUCACAAUCCCGAGAGACGCUCUUCUCAUGCCCUCCAGGGUGUCCCCCUCGAGUCUCCCGGCGGAGUCGCUCCGUAUGAUGCCCCAGCUCCUCCACAACCACCCCCUGAAUCAUCGUCACCUCUUGACUCAAUAUGGAGGCGCCCAGGUCAAGGUGAGUGCCGGGCUUCCGAUUCCGAUUCCGAUUCGGGAAACCAGGCGAGCGAUGUAGUCACUGACAACGAUAUAGAUGCAAGCUCUGCUUUAAUUCAGAAUGUGCAAAUUUCGACCCACUCAUCACUUGCUCUUCAACAAGGUUUAUGCCUGGACAUCCCGCCAUCGUCUACUAUCCGUCAACAGGAAAUCACAAUCAGUCUUCCUCCGUCGCAUCGCAUCCUGACGCUCAAGCCUACCUUGGUAGCUAGUACGGCGGAGAGACAAACGAAAUUGGUUGCUGGUAUGGGCACGCAUCGACUUCACCCAUCUGGGGAUUCGACUACGCUGGCGUAUGACAUCCAACUCCACCCGGGUACUACGAAGGUUGAUUUAGAAGCGAUUGCCGGGCCGCCAAGAGGGGCACCGAAAUCCGGCCCCCCGGGCUCAGAAGUGGACUAUGAGCGGGUCACUAUUUUUUUCAAUCUGUUGCGAUGA